GUGCGGGAGCAGCACCGGUACAUUGCACAGCAGAUCCGCCAAGAUGUUGAGCAGAGGCGACAGUAUGAGCUGCAACAACUUGAGCGGGAGCUGAGGAAGGAGUGGGAGCAACAGCAGAGGGAAAAGCUCCAGAGGCUGCAGAGGUUAUACCAGGAGAGUCUCCAGCUGCUCGGCCAGGGGCACAGGAGUGCAAAAGAAAACGAACCCGACUUGGCAGCCAUAGCUCAUAGGGAGGAGGAGAAUCACGUCAAAGCAGAGGAGCGUUAUCGAGAAGCGCUGAAGGAGCUCAAAUCACAGAGGCUUAAAGACCAUGAGAGGCAAAACCAAGUUGUCAAUGCCAGGAAGAAGGCAUUACUGGCAGAAAAGGAAAGAUCAGCAAAGGUGGCUAGCCUUCCACUGCCUCUCCCAAACCCUGUUCAGCAGAACAUCAGUCCCAAAAAGCCACGUUUCGUAAGGAGAUCGGAUGUGAGUGCUUUUGCUACCACACAUUACCACAUGGCCAAGAGUACAGUGGACAGAGAGGUGGACAUAAACCAGCCAAAUGCCCACGAGGAAGCUGAGCUACAUGCGAAAAGACAGCAGGACUUGGAGACAGAGGAAAUGAGGAGGAGAGAAGAGCAGCUGGAAAAGGCUCGUCUCAGAGGGAGGCAGGCUCUGAGGAAGGAACAGCUCAUGCAGGAUCGUGAGCGUUUGUUGGUUGAACUUGAACACAUGCAGCAGACAGAUCUGCUCAGGAGGAGGCAGCAGGUGUCGCAGAUGCCUCCUCAGAUCUUCCAGCCUCUCUAUAAGAGACAGGAAAUGAGGGAAGACUUCCAGAGGGAGAUGGAGUUCGCCUUUGAGGACAUGUACACUGGAGAGAGGAGGGUUAAAGGUGACCUGGUGGUCCAGCUGGCACCUGAGCCUCUUCCAGCCCACUCCACAACCAGCCAAGAUCAAGAGCUGGAUGUCACAGUGGAUGAAAUCACAACACCUGAAACAGAAAAUGCACAACAUGACACAGAGCAGGAACCUGGAAGCACUGAGCAGGAAACAUCAGCUGAAGUGGUUUCCCAGAAACCUGCUCCUCGACGGGCAUUGAAGAGGCUCCUGGAUCGUAUCAGGAGCCAAAGGAACCAGUGGAUUGACCACAGCAGUCGCAGCUCUGCUGCUGAUUCCCCAACGAUCAUCCGAGAUCAGAUCCCAGAGCGCGACAUGACGAUCGAAACAGGCUCUCUGAUCAGCGGAGGAAAAGACGAAUGGACCCCCACCGAGCCCCAGGAGGCUGACCGGUCUCCACCAGCAUCAGAGAAAACGCCGCUGCCAUCAUCAGCUUCAGAUACUCAGUUUCCUGCUGCUCUGGCCAAUAGAAUCCAAGAGUUUGAAGAAGAGCGAAAGAAACGGGAAGCGGAGCUUGAAAGGGAGAAGCAGCAGCAGAUGUUUUUGCUGCAGGAGCUGGAAGAGCAGAAGGCCAAGUUGGAGCAGAUGCUGCUUGAAGCUCAGCAGGAGAAAGAACGACUGAAGGCUGCCGUGACCCAGGAAGAAACCAUUAACCAACCAGAAGUGCCAGUCCAUGACCACGAUGUCAUCUCUAUCACCCCUAAUUUAGCCAAUGAGGUAGUUCCUCCUGCAGAUAAGGACGACCAUAGCAAAAGGAUCAGAGAAUACCAGCAGCGGUUGUUAGAGCAAAACCGAAUCCACCAAAGAGUGAAAGUGGCUCGCCAGCGCCUGGAGGAAUACCAACAAGCUCUACAGAUUCGUUACAACAUGACUGCCACUUCAUUACUACCUCCUGUUGUGCCUCCAGGCCUUGCUCAUCCACCUCCAAACAGUACACAGUGUGUUCGUCAUCCAGGUCGUCUGCAAGCUGCGCCGGCUCCUCUCCACGCUCCUCUCCACGCUCCCUGGGCCCCUUUGCAGGCUCCUCUCCAUCCCCUUCUGCAGACUCCCCAUGCUCCUCUUGUGGCUCCUCUCCAUCCUCCUCUUCAUGCUCCUCUCCACCCCUCUCUGCAGACUCCCCAGGCUCCUCCCCAGGCUCCUCUCCAGGCUCAUGCAGUGCCUGUGUAUAAUCAUGAAUUGCCACAAACCUCUGAGGAUGUUUCCACAGAAGAAUCUGACACAUUAACGUCCCCUCCGAGCCUAUCUGGUUUUAGUCUGGCUUCCAAACCGCUGCCAGAUGAUGUUGAAUCCGACUCAGACAGUCUGAGAUACCAGAGAGUAAAUGACACGUCUUGGCUGACUGACAGCAUAAUGGAGAAAGUAACAGAGCACCUUCCAGAGAGAAUGAGACCGCUGUCAGUCACCAAAGAGAAGCUGCCUUGUAAACGAUUCACAGAACAUCACUCUAGCAGCAUCCCAGUGCAGCCAUCCUCUGAACCCAUCAAAGUCAUGAAAUCGACCAUCGCAGAGGUUACAGCUCCACUUUCAGGUUAUGCUCUGGCUGAGGCAGAGGCCUCUCGGAGCACUGGAUCCCUGAGCGUUGGAGAGGACAACAUGGAGAGACAAAGACAAGAGUUGCAGGAGGCCCAGAGGCGAGUACUAGAGCAGAGGGAGGCACUGAUGCUGCAGCAAAGGCAACAGGAAGAGGAGAGGCGGAGACAGGACUUGGAGAUGGUGCAGAUGAGGAGACAAAAGGAGACAUUGCAGGCACUGAUUAAUACCGAUGCACAACCAGUUUCUCGGCCUGAUGGUGAAACAGUCGUUUCGGAGAACAUUAAUCAGAACCGCCUCCAGUUACUUGCAUCCCUGCUCAAGGCCAUAGAGGAGUCUAAUGGAGGAACUUUAUCACACCUAGAGGACCCUCAAGAUCGCGACAGCUCCUCUGAACAACAUCCAUCCAACAGCAGUCAAACAGUUCAGAGUGAUGCUGCUGCCGGACCUGGCCUGACAUCAGUCCUCCACUCAGGACACCUCCACCCUCCACGAGCAGCAAAGCCCCCUGUGACACGCCUCAGGCUGGGCUUCUUGGAGAUGAUGACUGAACAGCACGAGCUCAGUGCUAUUCAAGAGGUGGAGACUCCGGUCGAUGCCAGCCAACUCGCAGCUGUAGGCCCAGACAAUGGUGUGACAGUUCCUUCACACAUUGAACGCUGGGAUCAGCAGGAGGAGUACGACUCCUCUAUGGCUUCUGACAGGACUCUGCAGACAACCUCGGAGUUCAGCAGUGGACAGAAGAUCUCUGAAAGAUUAUCCAGCUCAGGGACAAGUUCAGGGAGAUCCAGCCUCUGGAGAGAGAGACUGCUACUGACAGAGGCAGGAGCAUCUCCAGAAUCCUCCAUCUCUGAUUCAGUCCCAAGAAAAAAGUCCCCCCUUUCCUCAGACUCUGGGAGAGGAGCAGAUUUCUCUGGUCCUGCAGUGACGAGCUACAGAUCCCCCACAGAGUCUCCAAACAGGCCUCCUGGGUCUGACAGCUUCUCUUCUACUACCAUCUCCACCGGAAGCUACAUGACUACUGACCCAGAGCAGAAUGUAAACACCGGUGAGGAACAGCCAGAUAAAUCUCUCCUCCAUAAACGCACUGAUCAACAAGAAGGUGGAGCAGGUUUACAACACGUCUCCUGUCUGUCUGGUGAGAGCUUCUGUGUUAAGGAAAACUCAGCGACUGGCCCUCCUGGUCUGUCUGUGGACUCGAUGUUCAGUGACAGCAGUAUCCAACAAAUUAUAGACAAAUAUACACGGGAACUUGACCUCUCCCUCAGCUCUGCUGGGAAAACAGACAGUGAAGGCUCACAUAUGGAAGAACGCAGCGCUUCGGUCUCUCAGCAGUCUUUGUUUCGAGUCUUGGAGAGAAGAGGGGAGGAUGAAAGCUCUGCACGACGCCAGUCUCUUCUCUCAGACGCAGCAGGAACGGAGACGAGAGGCCUGGAAGUGCACAAUCAAGUGGAUCCCAAAGUGGGCGAGUUCUCUGCUGGAGCCUCAUUACUGGUUGACGAUCAUGAGCAGGAUUCUUUCCGGCCUCUGAUUGGUCAGCUGGCAGACCGGUCAUCCUGCCUCGUUACCGAGCAGAGGGAUUCGGCCCUGGAGCAGCUUGUUGGUCAUCCGUCAGCUCACUCAUCAAUGCUUGGUCACUCUCCGGGCCAGCUGUUCUCCCCAAGUGUGGGUCAAGAUGGAUGGGAUUCCACACUGAGUCGGAUGAUUGGUCGGCUCUCCCAUCAGUCCAGCUCUCACUGGUUGAGCGGCGGGCGAGACCUUUAUGCAGGUCAUAUGAUGGGUCGGAUGGAGACGCAGCAGUCGACCUCAUGGUUAGAUGAAGCUCCCGAUGAGAGCCAGAUGAGACCCCUGGUAGGAGAGCUGGACGAGUCUGCAGAACAGCACAGUGGAAGCUCAGGUAAAAGAAAUCGUGUGACUCUUGUUGUCUCAGCUGACAUCCGGGUCCCAUCAUAUCCAGCGCUGCCUCCCGAGGCCUCAUCACACAGUGCCUCUGUCCCAGCUAUGAGCCCACAUCCACAGGAUCCGACAACGCAGAAUCAAACCAGUUCAACAGACAUGGACUCAGGCAGAGCUGAAGAGUUUGCAGGUUCAGAUUCAUUCCACCCCCUUUUGGCAGAGGUCACCCAAAACGAAACAGCAGACCUCUCUAUCACCUUUCACCAGCCUGAGCACAGCGUGCACAAUUUUCCUGACGUGCAUCCAGCCAGCAGGGAAUGCAGUGUUACCACACCUGUAGAGGUCAUUUCGCACUCUGAUCUUUCUUCUGUGGAGUCCGAGCCAUCACCAGAGCGUCUUCGAACGGAGGAGCCAAACCGCAGCCCCGCAGCUUCCUCCACCUUACAUGAAUCCUUCUCCCAGCUCAUUACCACCCAAUGCCAUCCCCAGGAGUCUGUUCUGAUAGUAUCUCCCACCGUGAGGGCAGAUGUUGAGCAAACAGCUGAGAUUCUGUCAAAUUUAUCCAUGUGUGAUGAGACACCUGCUUUGGGUGUGUCACGGGCAGAGGAAAGGCUUGGAGGCGCGGAUUCAAUCAGUGCCGAAGAGAUCAAGUGUGGUCACGGUCCAAAUCUGAGGAAUGUUUCUCCUGUCUCUGAUAAGAUACUGGAAGCAGCCAAAGAGAAGGGGAUCCUGGAGCAGUCUGAGAUCACACUGGUGAGCCUGACAGACUCUACACUGCAGGACCAGGAGUCCACCAGCUCAGAGGAAGAGGGAGCUUGGGUAAUCAAGAAUCCAGAUGGAAGGGAUGAGGAAGGGCAGAAAGGCCAUGAGAUGGAGGGUGCAGAAUCUACGUUGAUACCUUUGGAGACUCCACAGUACGACAGCCAAACACAUCCAGUGACAGUCCUAGAGUUUCAGUGGGGUCCGUGCAGAGACCAGCCAGAUGUCAACCAGCAGAAACUUGCAGCUCUGCUCCAGAGAUCCAACCACAGGGUGAAGGAAAUCAAGGCCAAAGCUGCUCUUGCUAAAACUCAACGUGAGCUCCAAGUGCUACCAGAAGGAAGUGAGCAAGCUAAAGCGAACACAUGUCAACCAGUGACCUGUAACACAAAAACUAAACCAGAACCUCUACACAAGGCCAGUACAAAGUCAAAGGGAGAACAGGCCCCACAACAGAUGGAGGAAUCUGGUUUCAUCAAGCAGCAGAAACCCCCCCAGCUUCUUCCACCAGUGAGUGAUUCUGAACAGAAGAAGCUGGAUGACAUGAAGAUCUGCACGCUGGAGCAAAGGAGACGUAAUCUUUCCAAGAUGCACCAGAGAACUCAAAGGCUGUAUGAGCAGCUGGAGGAGGUGAAGCAUCGGAAAGCCUCGAAGAGUCGACAGGAAGAUUAUGCAAAAAACAGACUGAAAGCUAAGGAGUUCCACAAGAAAACCUUACAGAAGCUUCGUGCCAAGCAGACCCAACAGUGAUCGACUUUGAUUGUGUCAUAGUUUACUUUGAACAUUUUAUUUAUAGUUUUAUCAAUAAAGCAUUUUAAGUUAUUUGCA